GUGGAAUCCGAGGAAAUGGUGAAAAUCGCAAAAACAUUCAGCACGGACUGCUCCCUUCACACACCCGGCAAGAACUACCGAUAUUUCUACUUUCAUGGUGGGAAAUUCGAGGGCUCACUUAUCGCGUUUAUCAACCAAAAUAAGCACCCAAAUAUUCGACUUGUGAACCAAUUUUUCGGGAGUUUCGGGAGUGCGGAAAACCGCGUUUUUCAUGGAUUUCCUUGAGCCGAUGCAGAAGAAAAUCGGAUGCAUUCCUAUGAAUUGCAAGUUGACUGAUGUCUCGAAGCAAUUCACUCCUGAAUAUAAGACAUUGUGUGUUCUCGGUGACAGCCAACCAUCUAUGCCUCUGCCACUCCCAAAAUCCGACAAAAAGCCCGGCACCGAAUGUGGAUCGAAAGGACACGGCGAGGAUGGUCUUUGUGUGGAGAACACGUGA